AUGUCGUCCACAAAACGAUCAACUGUCCUCCUAGCCGAACGUACCGUCCCACCACUGGGGAUGACAGGUCCCGCCUUCCUCCAAGCCGCAACAUCAGCCCUCCAGGAAAUAGAAACAUACUACAGCACACUUCCCGACCGCCCAGUCCUCCCAUCAAUCUCCCCAGGCUACCUCAAGGAACUCUUACCCUCGACAGCCCCCCAGCAAGGCGAACAGUGGACCGAAAUAUCUCGCGACAUCGAACGAACAAUACUGCCCGGGAUGACGCACUGGCAAAGCCCCAAAUUCAUGGCUUUCUUUUCCGCCAGCUCCACUUACCCGGGCAUCCUAGGUGAAAUGUGGUCAGCUGCCCUCACAGCACCGGCUUUUAACUGGAUCUGCUCUCCCGCUGUCACAGAACUAGAGACGAUAGUCAUGGACUGGCUGGCUCAGAUCCUCGCCUUGCCAGAAACAUUCAUGUCGCGAGGAGAAGGGGGCGGCGUGAUUCAGGGUUCUGCUUCCGAAGCCGUGGUCACAGUCAUGGUUGCGGCACGGGAACGAUACGUCAGUCGGCAACUUGAACGAGAAGGCGUGCAAGGUGAAGAGGAAAGGGAGGAUAGGGCAUGCGAGAUUAGGAGUAGACUCGUCGCCUUAGCAUCCGCAGAAGCGCAUUCCAGUACCAAAAAAGGCGCCAUCAUAGCCGGGACCCGCUUCCGCAGUAUCCCCGUCCAUCGCUCCAACGUCUACGCCCUCACAGCGUCCGAAGUCCGUCCAGCUCUUGAAACCCUAACAGCCAAGGGACUGUGUCCGUACUACCUCGGAGUAACCCUCGGAACGACAAAUACCUGCGCCAUCGACGACUUCACCUCCCUGGCUGACAUAGCGGAAGAGUACCCAGAUAUCUGGAUCCACUGCGAUGCAGCUUACGCCGGGGCCGCGCUGGUACUGCCAGAAUACCAGUACCUCUCAGCUCAGAUGAGCAUGGUGGAUUCGUUUGAUGUGAACAUGCAUAAAUGGCUCCUAACCAAUUUCGACGCUUCCUGCCUCUUCGUGCAGAAACGAAAGGAUCUCACCGACGCCCUCAGUAUCUCCCCCGCGUAUCUCAAGAACCAAUUCAGUGACAGCGGACUAGUAACCGAUUACCGAGACUGGCAGAUCCCACUCGGUCGCCGUUUCAGAGCGUUGAAAAUCUGGUUCGUCCUCAGGACUUGGGGGGUGCAGGGUUUGCGGAGACAUAUCCAGCAUCAUAUCAAUCUGGGCAAUUUUUUCGCCCAUCUCGUGGGGGCGAGAAAGGAUCUCUUCGAUAUCCUGGUGGAGCCGCGGUUCGCAUUGACGGUUUUCACUGUCAAACCACCCGGCCAUGAACCAACGCAACACCUCGCCAACGGUACAACGAUAGAUCACGGUGACCCGAGACCGUUUGAGGAGCAGCAUCUUCCCAUCAAACCAGAGACUUCGAGUCAAGAGCUAGAGCUCGCGAAUGAGAUCACGAAGGAAGUCUAUACCGCUAUAGACGCGAAGAGGGAAUUCUUCCUCACGGCGUCGGUGGUUGGAGGCGUCUAUGCUAUCCGUGUCGUUUCGGCGAAUCCAUUAGCGGAGGAGAAGUAUAUCAGGCAGGCGUUUGAUCUGCUUGUGCGGACGACAGAGGAGGUGUUGGGUGCGAGACGGAGGUGA